AGCACCCUCGUUGACAGCUAGGAACCACCUCUGCAAGCCACUCUCUCUAACGGAGUUGCUCCUGUCACCAGCCAAUCAGGGCCUCGAGGCAGACUGCCAGUCAGAAUAGGAGGGGACACUUCCGGUCCGUCAUAGUGCAGGCUCCACUGGGUGCUUGAGUGAGGCCCCCCGCGUCUCUAUUUCACGCUGUGACUUGCUGCGGGGAGCUGUGAGCCGAGCGGGGAGAGCUCGGAAUCCGCACCAUGUCUUUCAGCUGUUGGCUCCUAUGGAAAUCAAAAUUAAACGAAAUACCUUCUUCAACGAGGAAGAACCAGGGCAGUCACUAUCUGCACCACAUAAAACUCUAACAGCAUAAACAAGUCAAUGUCAAAUUAUUUGAGACUCACUCAUGAUCUUCUGUGUCACUUCUCCAGCUUACGCCUCCACACAGCUUGCCCUUUAGCUCCAGCUGGAUCCACUCUACUGUACUGGAGGUCAUCCCGUGGUACUGUUAUUGCCAAAACUACUGGAGUCUUCUGCUCAACUGGGCUUCACUUUCACCAAUAGCGUCUCAUAGGCUCUCUUCAUGGUGCCGAACCUCAAAAUCUUUGCAUGACCCUUCUAUCCUGGGUCUUCAACUGCCACUGAGGCUCUUCCUUUACUAAUGGCCUCUCCUGGCCUCUCGAAGUGCCAAGCCUCAGCUGCUCUCCAUGCUUUCAAAUCCAGUACCAUCUGGGUGACUCUUACACUACCAAGCUUGGCUGUCAGGACAAGAUACAACCUUGGCCAGUUCUGGAACACAGCUUCUGUGUGCUGACCCUGAGGAAACAUUUCCUAGAAGACUCCACCUCAGUAAUACUGGUAUCUCUUUAAUCACCAUUGAUUUCUUGACUCUAGCUAUCCAGCAUCAAUUUCCCAGUAACACAGAAGUUUCACUUUGAAAGCAAACUAGUAAGCAGCACCUCUCUGUGGUCUCUGUGUUAUAUCCUUCCUGCAGGGUGCUUGUUGAUCAUGACUGACUUUUAAGCCCCAGCUAAAUCAAAGAGUUUUGGAUUAAUGGUGUUGGCAGAGAAGAUUUCAAGAACAGCCCAGUAUUAACUCUGUCAUGUGGUUAUAAGUGGUCACACUUGUGCAGAUUUAUAAUGAAAACAAGCAGUAAGAAAUACAAAAUGUAUUAAAUGUAUUAAAGUCCAUGUGCAAAGAGAUAGAAGUUUGCAGAAAGCCUGAUGCUAAAUGGAAUAAACAGAGUGGUGACCUCUCUCAGCCAUCCAACCAGCCGAAGUCCCAACUUGUGGAAAGGAAUUAAAGAAAAACUUACGGAACUGAAGGAAACCUUCAGCAACAGAAGACUAGUGCAAAUGUAAUUGAAGGAGGCGACAAAGUUUCGUCCCUAGGAAUCAACAGAACCUGGUAGCUUUGGCCACAUCUUUUUGGCUUUAGAGUCAAGGAUACAUGUGGUGGAAUCUCCCUCCCCAGUAAGGAAAGCUACUGAGAUCUGGUCUGUGUCAGAGGUGUUUGUGUUGGUAGGCUUAUGUCAACUUGACACACAAACUAGAGCCCUUGCAAAACAGGAAUCCUCAAUUGAGAAACUGCCUCCAUGUCAUCCAGCUGUAGUGAUUAAUGGGGGAAGGCCCAACUCAUUGUGGGUGAUGCUGUCCGGGGCUUGGUGGUCCUGGAUUCCAUAAGAAAGCAGGCUGAACAAGCCAUGGGAGAAAGCCAAUAAACAGCACACUCCAUGGUUUCUGCAUCUGGGCAUCUGAGACUGGGAUGAUUAUAGGUGUAUGACAGGCUGAUUGCUGUUUUUUUUUUUUUUCUUUCUUUUUGAGUGGGAUUUUUUGUUUCUUGGUUUUUGUUUUCUCUCUGUAUUUUCAGGAAUUGUAAUGGCUAUGUGUUGCCUGGUAGAAAAUUCUCUUUGGACCUUUUGUUUUGUCCACUUAGGGUUCCAGGUAAAAUGCAUUGCUGGAUAUUGGGAGCUGACAUUAGGAAUGGGGGUGGCUAAAUGUUUGAAGGGGUUCAUAAGAGAGAGGAGAGCAGAGUUCAGUCAGGAUCUGCUUCCUUUGUCUCCUUGGAAUGGGGAAGGAAGUGAGAAGAGGUCACUCUAUAUCAGUGGGAAUGAGACUGGUGGGUUGGAUCUAGAGAAGGAAAGAUGUACAGAUAGCUUCCCUGUCCCCUGGCAGGAAUGGUCUGUCACUUAGCAUGGAGCGAAUUCUGGAGUUGGGGCCUGAAAUAAAGCAACAAGUGUGGAGAGAGUGGUUAGAAAGGGAAGGUCUGGGGGAUUCCCAGGAGAUGUGGUCUGAGGGGGAAGGAUGGCUAUGGCUGUUAUUUUGUUGUAGAAAUAGGGAUGUAACUCAAGGAUUGGGUUUGGAGGAGAGGAGGGAAUGGCAAAAUCUUCAGUAGCUGGUUUCCCAGCCUGUUUGCUGGAGUGUUCACAGUGAACACCUGCUGAUGCUGGAGGUUGGGAUGUGUUGGGGGGAAAGAAGGUUGGAAGUGAUCUUUGUGAUCCACUGGGAUGAGGUCAGAGAGGAAAAGGAGACCACUGCAGGGUUUCUGCUACAAAGUUGCAGAUGAGUCUCUGGAGACUGGAUCUGGAGAACUGGAUAAAUGUGGAUCACUAUCAGCCUACUUUUGGGAAGAAGGCAUAGUCAGUCUGAAUAUAGUAGAACAAACCCUCAACCAUAUAAAUAGCUCAGUGUCCAGUUGUCUUGGACUCAUGAUCUUCUCCACUCUACUGUAAGCUGUUCUUGGUGGUCAUUCCAUUUUAGUGCCAUCUCCAAUAUGUUCAGGCCUCUUGCUGCAAUUGGGCUUCUUGUUUACCAGUAACCUCUAUGAUGGUCUGUAUGUGGUGUGGCCCUGUUGGAGUAGGUGUGGCUUUGUUGGAGUAGGUGUGUCACUGUGGAUGUGGGGCUUUAAGACCCUCAUCCUAGCUGCCUGAAAGUGAGUAUUCGGAUGGAGAUGUAAACCUCUCAGCUCCUCCUGCACCGUGCCUGCCUGGAUGCUGCCAUGUUUCCACCUUGAUGAUAGUGGAUUGAACCUCUGAACCUGUAAGCCAGUUUCAGUUAGGUGUUAUUCUUUGUAAGACUUGCCUUAGUCAUGGUGUCUGUUCACAGCAGUAAAACCCAAUAAGACAGAAGUUGGUACCAGGGAUUGGGGUAUUGCUGUGCUAGGCCUGACCAUGCUUUUGUUUGGAAGAAUGUGGAUUUUGGGACUUUGGAUUUGGAAAGCUGUGGAAUGCUUUAAAUGGGGCUUAAUGGGCUAUCCAAGUAGGAAUAUGGAAGACUUUGUUACUUAGAAUGAUUUGAAAUGUGUGGACCUGGCCCAAGAGGUUUCAGUUGAUGAUUUCAAUAUGUGGCCUAGAAACUGGUUUUGUGAUAUUUUGGUGAAGAACAUGGCUGCCCUUAUCUGAAGAGUCUGCCUGAGGCUAAGGUAAAGAGACUCAGAUUAUUUGUAUUGACAAAGGAAGGCUUAGAAACAACCAUCAUAGGCUUUGUACUCUGGUUAAGUCUCAUGAAGAGUGUUUUGAACAAGCAUAGCAAGCUGAGGUAGGAAAAAUACAAAAUAUAGGUUUGAGUAUUAAAGCAUACCAGGAAGGGAAAUGAACUGAAUCCUGUGUUCACAGAUAUUAAAUUGAAUUAAGGGAGUGAGACUUGGGGGCAAGAUCCUACCCAACUAAAUUUAGAUCCAGGCAUGGUGAUACACAGCUUUAAUCCCAGGAGAUAAAGUCAAGCAGAUCUCUGAAUUCAAGGCCCACCUGGGACAGACCAAGUUCUAGGUGAAGAAAAGUUAAGUCCAGGCAUGGUGGUAUACACUUUUAAUCCCAGGAGACAGGCAUGCAGAUCUCUGAGUUCACGGUCAAUUUACAGAACAAGAUCCAGGACAGCCAAGUUUAAGCAAUGAAGGAGUUGGAAAAUAGAAAGCUGCUGAUAAUGUAAAAGAACAAGGGGGCCAUGUUCCAGCUCCUGCAAGAAGCAGAAUUCUGCAACUUCGGCCAUGUGGCUCUGGUUUUAGAGUCAAGAAUAGAAGGGACUAUAAAGGCAAUUGAUGCUGGUUAGCUGGAGCUAAGAAAUUAGCGGUGAUUAAGAAGAGACCAGCAUCACUGAGGUGAAACCUGGGAAGUGUUUUCUGAGAGCACAAAGAAGCUGUGUUCCAGAGAUAGCCAAGGUUGUACCUUGUGCUGCAGCUGGACUUGGUAAUGUGUAAGAGUCACCACGGUGGUACUGGUUUUGAAGGCAUGAAGGGGUCUUGAAGCUGAGGCUUGGCACUGAGAGAGGCCAUGGAAGGCCCUUGGCGAAGGUGCAGCCUCGGCUGCAGUUGAUGACCCAAGACUGAAAGGAUCAUGCAAAGAGGUUGAGACCUGGCACCAUAAAGAGAGCCUAUGAGAGGGUAUUGGUGAAGCCUAGGUGCAGUAGAAGAUCCCAGUAUAUUGUAGAUGCCAGUACCAUGGGAUUAUAUCCAAGAAGAGCAGUGGCAGUGGAGUGGAUCAACCUGAGCUUAGAGUGCUACAGAGGGCAGAGCUGGAGGAGCCCAGAAGAUCAUUUGUGGAUCCCAAACAUUGAAGAUGCUUGAGGUGUGAGCUAUCUAUUGAGGAAAGCGGCUAACAGGGAGUGGAAGCAGCCCAGGAGAAAGCACUCAACAAAGAUGAAAAAGGAGAUGGAGAUCUGAAGACCACUUUGACAUCAGAAUUGGAGAUGGAGAGUUUGGAGUCUGUCCAGCUGGUUUCCUGUCUCACUUAGGGUAUUACAGUUAAGUGAUUGAAUGAAUCUCAGAAGAUACUUUGAGCUUUGGACUUUUAACACUAUUGAGACUGCCAAACAUUAUGACAACUUUUGAAGUUGGACUAAGUGUAUUUUGUAUUAUGCUAUGUUUAGGUAUGGCCCCCAUAAACUCAUAUGUUUGAACAAGCCCAUGGGGGCCAGGAAAUGGCACUAUUAGAAGGUAUGGCCCUGUUGGAGUAGGUGUGUCACUGUGUGUAUGGGCUUUAAGACCUUCAUCUUAGCUGCCUGGAAGCCCGUAUUCUGCUAGCAGCCUUCAGAUGAAGAUGUAGACCUCUCAGCUCCCCCUGCACCAUGCCUGCCUGGAUGCUGCCAUGCUCCUGCCUUGAUGAUAGUGGACUGAACCUCUGAUCCUGUAAGCCAGCUCUGAUUAAAUGUUGUUCUUGUAAGAGUUGCCUUGGCCAUAGUGUCUGUUCACAGCAGUACAACCCUAACGAAGAUAGCCUCUCCCAGGCUUUCUUCAUGGUGCCGAGCUAUAAAUCUGUGCAUGAUCCCAUUCAGUCCUGGCCUGCAACUGCUACUAAAGCUGUACCUUCACCAAUGGCGUCUCACAGUGCCAAGCUUCAGCUGCUCUAUAUGACCCUUUUACAUCUUCAAAACCAGUAUGGGUGAGUCUUAUACUACCAAGCUUGGCUGCUAAUAAAAGAUAUAAUCUUGGCCACCUCUGGAAUGCAGCUUCUGUGUAUUGACUCUGAGAAAACCCUGACCAGAAGAUUUCACUUCAGGGAUGCUGAUCUGUUCUUAAACCUUUGCACAUUUUUUAGCUGCAGCUAACUGUUGUCAAUUGUCCUAGUAAGACAAAGGUUUUACUUCAGUGUUUCUGGUCUCUUGUUAAUCAGAGUUGAUUCUUUGGUUCUAUGUGACCAGAUAUCAUAGAUUCAGCACACAGAAAGGCCUGGUAGAGUCUUUACUUUCCUCUGAAACUUCACAAGCCAGGCUUCCAUCCUCUGUAAUGUUCUCAAUAGUCUGUAUCUUCUAAGAUUCUACACAACAGCUCCCUGAACUUUCAACACUCAGGGGCCCAAAGUUCCAAAGUCCUUCCACGGUCUUCCCCCAAACAUCGUGAUUAUAUCUGUAAAAGUAUCUCCUCACUAUCCUGGUACCAACCUGUCUGGUUAGGAUUUCUACUGCUGGGACGAAGCACAAUAACUAAGAAGGAAGUUGAGGUGGAAAGGAUUUUAUACUGGCUUAUACUUCAUAUCACUGUGCAUCAAAGGAAGUCAGGAUAGGAAGUAAAAUGGCUAGAAGCUGGAGGUAUGAGAUGAGGAAGAGGCCAUGGAAGAGAUAACUUACCUGUUGGCUUGCUCAGUCUGCUUUCUUAUAGAAUCUAGGACAACCAGCCCAAGGAUGGCAUCACCUACACUGGGCUGGACACUUCAUCAUCAAUCACUAAUUAAGAAAAUACUGUACAGUUUUGUCCACAGCCUCAUCUCCUGUAGGUGUAGUCUUAGUUGUGAUGCUUUCCUCUCCAAUUCCUGUAUCUUGUGUCAAGUUGACAUAAAAUUAUCCAGCACACAUGGGUUACAGAUGCAUAACAUUCUCCUUACCUUUGUUUAUGUUUAAAGUUUGUCUUUAAUUUUAAAAAUAUGUGCACGAGUCUUUUGAAUACACAGACACACACACAGAGAGAGAGAGAGAGAGAGAGAGAGAGAGAGAGAGAGAGAGAGAGCAGAGCAUUGGAUUUGUUUGUGCGUUGGGACUUGAUCCACAUUCUCUGCCAAAACAACACAUAAUCUUAACUGUUGCUUUCUUCCUGUAUCUAGUUUUUUGAUCAGCAUUUUCUUUGUUAAUGUUUUUGAGAACUUUCUCGUGUAAUUUAUUAAAAAUACAUUCUUUUGUUGUAGGAAUAUCAUAGUAGCCUUACAGUGUAAACUGGGGCAUUCCAGUUUUCUGGAACUAGAGUCAUUAUAGGGUCUUCUUAGAUCUAACACAACUCAAACACCGAGUUGAUACAGAAAAGAAAAAUGAAAUCAAACUGCUUUUGAUCAGGGACACAAAACAGACUCGGGAGCUGACCUGUGACCCCAAGCCAAAAUGUUACAGAGCCUUUAAGCCUAAAAACUACAAACAUCUGCAUCAAGUUACAGUUACAUUUUUCACCCAUCAGAAUUUAGGGCUAGUGGACUUCCUUAGGAACAUGUAUUGGUGGUAAAUUUAUCCUGUUCUUAUUGGUUGUGCAACUUGUCUACUACUCACGUUUCAACUUGACAACAAGGAUGUCAGUUACCCAGGUACAUGUCUCUGCCAAGCAGGAUGUCAGUUACCCAGGGAGGUCUUGGGAACUUUAUUUGACCCCUAUUUAAAAUGAAGUUUGCCCAAAAUGGCUUCAGUUCCAUUCCUUCCUACAGGGUGAAUAUUUAACUCUUCGGAGAAAUUUUGAGUGCUUUCUAUCCUUUUUCAUUUGUUUGUUUGAAACAGGGUUUCAUUUUGUGCAGGGUUUCUGUCCUGGAAAUAUCUACAUAGACAAGGCUGGCCUUGAAAUCACAGAUAUUUACCUGUCUCUGCCUCUUAAAGUAUGGGAUUAAAGGUGUGAGCCAACAUGCCCUUCUUGUCCAAUCUUACUUGAAGUUAGUAAUUUUGAUACAGUUUUGUUGAUGUAUAAGCAAAAGUGUUGGCUCUGUUUGCAUGUCUUUCUGUAUAUUGGUUAAUAGUCAUUUGUAUUGCAAUGCCACAUGCUUUUUCUAGGUCCAGAAAAGAGAGACAGGAUUUUUUUUUUUUUGGUUCCUUUUAAAAUGACUUGGUGAUUGUGUUUGAAAUUCUGUGACAUGAAAUAAAUGUGUGGAGCACACCGAAUUAUGUAAAUAUAAUCAAAAUAAAGUGUACACUACAAUGCAGUAAGUCUCACCAUUUUUAUUAUGUACAUAUAUGGGAAAUUUUAGGAUGCAGUCACCUAUGAGGAUGUGUAUGUGAGUUUUACUCAGGAAGAGUGGGCUUUGCUGAAUCCUUCCCAGAAGAAUCUCUACAAAGAUGUGAUGAUGCAAACCUGCAGGAACCUCAUUGCUAUAGGCUACAAAUGGAACAGUCAGAAUAUUGAAGAACAUUGUCAAAGUUCUGGAAAACACAAAAGGGAUAUCAUCUGCCACUCAGGAUACAAGCCAUUUGAGCAUAAGGACUAUGGAAAGAUGCAGUUUACCUCUCUUUCUCCAACAACAGUUAGAGGAUAUAUGAAUAGAUUUCAUGAAUAUGACAUGAAUUUACAAGCACUUGGUGUUCCAACUACAGUGGGAAUGCAUCAACAGACUUACAAUGGAGAAAAGUCUUAUGAGUACCAGGAAUAUGGGAAUUCAUUUGUUUAUCCGAGUUCACUUUGCAUAUGUAGCGUGAAUCACACUGUAAGAAAAUGUUAUAAAUGCACUCAGUGUAGUAAAGCUCUGAGUUCUCUUCAAAGACAUGAAAAAACUCAUCUUGGAAGAGGAAUUGAUAAAUGUGAGCCAUGUACUAACCAUCACACGUAUUUUCAAGCACACAAAAGAACCAAUAAUGAAGAGGAUACCUAUGAAUAUAAUCUAUGUGAUAAAGCCUUUAGAUCUGAUUCUUCCUUACACCAAAGACCUCAUUUGGAAGUAGCACCCUAUAAAUAUUAUCAGUAUGAAAAAGACUUUGCACAUCACAGUUGUCUUCAAGAACAUAGAACUCAUACUGGAGAGAAACCUUAUAAAUGUAAUCAGUGUGGUAAAGCCUUUGCAAGUCGCCAUAAUCUUAAAAUGCAUGAAAGAAUUCAUACUGGAGAGAAACCCUAUACAUGUAAUCAAUGUGGUAAAGCCUUUACACUUUACACAAAUCUUCGCAAGCAUGAAAAAAUUCAUACUGGAGAGAAACCCUAUGAAUGUAGUCAGUGUGGUAAAGCCUUUGCACGUCGAAAUGAACUUCAAGUACAUGAAAGAAUUCAUACUGGAGAGAAACCCUAUGAAUGUAGUCAGUGUGGUAAAGCCUUUGCAAGUCGGAGUAAUCUUCAAACACAUGAAAGAACUCACACUGGAGAGAAACCUUAUUUAUGUAAUCAGUGUGGUAAAGCCUUUGCAUGGCGACGUCUUCUUCAAAUUCAUGAAAGAAUUCAUACUGGAGAGAAACCCUAUGCAUGUAAUCAAUGUGGUAAAGCCUUCACACAUUUUCCAAGUCUUCACAAUCAUAAAAAAAUUCAUACUGGAGAGAAACCCUAUACAUGUAAUGAAUGUGGUAAAGCCUUUGCACAUCUCACAAGUUUUCACAAUCAUAAAAAAAUUCAUACUGGAGAGAAACCCUAUGGAUGUAAGCAAUGUGGUAAAGCCUUUUCAUUUCGCAGUAAUCUUCAAAUACAUGAAACCGCUCAUAAAGGAGAGAAGCCCCAUGAAUGUAAUCAAUGUGGUAAAGCCUUUGCACAUAUUGUUUAUCUUCAAAGGCAUGAAAGAAGUCAUGGAGACAAACCAUAUGAAUGUAAUCAAUGUGGUAAAGGCUUUACACAUUUUGGACGUCUUAAAAAUCAUCUGAAAAGUCAUACUGGAGAGAAACCGUAUGAGUGUAAUCAAUGUGGUAAGGUCUUUGCAUAUCGAAAUAAUCUUCAAAAACAUGAAAGAACUCACACUGGAGAGAAACCCUAUGUAUGUGAUCAGUGUGGUAAAGCCUUUGCAAGUCGCUGUAAUCUUCAAAAACAUGAAAAAAUUCACACCGAAGAGAAACCCUACGUAUGUAAUCAGUGUGGUAAAGCCUUUGCAAGUCGCUGUAAUUUUCAAGUACAUGAAAGAAUUCAUACUGGAGAAAAAUCCUAUUCAUAUAAUCAGUGUGGUAAAGACUUUGUUAGUCAAAGUAAUCUUCAGAAACAUGAAGGAAAGCAUACUGGAGAAGUAACCUAUGGAUGUGAUUGAUGCGGUAAAACUUGGUUACAUCAGUGUAAAGCCUACUAAUAUAAUCAAUGUGAUUGAUUAUAUAAGCCUUUGCAUUUACAGUCUUCUUCAAAGGAAUGAAAAAAAUCCCUAAUGAAGAGAAACACCACAAAUCUAGUAAAUGCAGUAAAGCCAUGCAUACCAAGCACAUUUUCCCCCCAUCUUCCUGGUACUCGUGUUAGUAUAAUCAUUUCAUCAUUAAGGUAUAGUUUUGUUUUCAAAUUGUAUAUACAUUUUCAUCUAAGAAUAGAGGUAUACCAAACAAUUUGACUAAUAAAACCUAUUUGAAAAUGAAAA